AUGUAAUCUUUUCUUUAGAUUGUUAAUCGAAGUCUUUUAUCCCUCCUUUAAUUCAAUAGAACAAUAACCAUUGCAUAUAAUUAAUUAGAAAUUUGUUCAUUUUAUAAAAAUUUUGGAUUCCCUUCUUGGUUUAAACUUUAUGGCAUUUAUUAAUGCCCAAAAAAUUUAAGUAAAUUUUGGGUUUUAAAAUAUGUAGAUCAAAAAUAUAUAUCUGCAACACCAAGAAGCCACUAGAGAUCUUAUUUAAAUCCGAAAGUCCAUAGAGCAAUUACCUCAACCUGUUCAUAUUGGGAAAAUCCACCAAGAGAAUGUUUCAAAUAGAAGGUUGAAAAGUUAACUAUAACAGAUAAGCUUUAAAAUGCAAGAAAUCCUAUAAAGGGUGAAUAUUAUUUUUUAUUGUAUAAAUUUUCUAGAGAAUCUGCACAAAGUUAUGUUGAAGUCGCUCCAAAUUUAUGUAUUCAUAAUUUUAUAAGAGUGGAAAUGAAAGAAGAACUAAUUGUGAAAAACUUUAAAAUGGCUUUUGAAGAGUGAAAAUGAAAAUUAAUGAGUUGUCAAAAAAACUUAGCUGAUGACUUUUCAAAAAUUAUAAGGUUUUGAUAAUAUUUAAAAAUUUGUAAAUCAUGCCAAUGUGAAAAAAAUUAAAAAUACUUAAAGGGCAUCUAGU